CAUACAAAGAGCACCCACAUCCUCUCUACUCUCUACUCUCUACUCUCUAGUGGUGCCGUGCCUCCCCAUUCCCCAACCUCGCCGCUUGGUUUCCCAUGGCGAACCAGCUGCCGGUGCAGCAGCAGGUCGACCCGCUUGGACAUGAACAUCUCAACCAGCAGCGCAUGUGCGCCCCGCGGCAGCAAAGCCUGAACAACGUUCCUGUCAUCCACCUUGACAUCGGACGUCCACCGCAUGGAGAAGAAGACGACCUGGCCCAGCGCUAUGAGAAUUUCGUGCGAAUAAUCAUCCGCCGGUUAACAAAGAUCUGCCCUGCAACCUAUUACGGAAAGCCAAUUACCCCAUACCCAAAUGCAGCGAACCAUCCUACUAACGGUCAUAGCUACUUCCGUGUCGUGUUCUUUUCAAGCACCAAUGAUUAUGCGAGAGUGGAAUUCCUGAUAAGGGACUUUGACCUCUAUCUACUGGGAUUUACGAGGCAGCUGGAUGGCGAGUGGUCGCCUUGGUACCGUUUUACACCUUCUCUGGGGUGGCCGUCAUUCGACAUGGGCCAAGUUGUAAAUUAUAGGUUUGAUGGGGGACAUGAGCACAGCGUUGACAUGGGUGGUCGCGAAACUCUAGAGUUCAUCUUCGACACAAUUUGGACGUGGCACCCGAAUGAUGUGAGAAGCACAAAUCUGAAGCUGGCGGUUGAAAAAGCUUUCACGCUUAUUUGCGAAGCACUACGAUUCCAGUAUGUUUUUGAUGAGCUAGUAAGGAGGAUCCAAUAUGGAGAGGAUUCAAGUCCCCUGGACAUUGCAGACCUGCCUAGAGAGAGAGAGUCUAGAAGCGCAUUGGCAGCUGGGGCGUCAUGUGUGAAGUUGCCUUAGAAGCAGGCCUCAAUGGUGGCUUGCUAAGAACCAGAGACAAGAUGAAGGAUUACGACCGAAUCUACCAUAUCAACAGCUUCCUGGAU